UGAGGGGGUAAAUCGCGUGUCGUCUGUCUGGGAACAUAAGGCUAACCAGGGCUACAGAUAAUCUGGAUCAGAACUUCACGACUAGAAGCACCAGGUCUCCGGUAAAACGUGUAGAUGGAGGACUUGGAUCUUCCCCAGAUGAAGAGGGAGGUGGAGAGUCUUCAGUACCAGCUGGCCAUCAACAGAGUGUCCUCCAUCACGGUUACUGAGCUGGUGAAAUGGAUCGAGGGGUGUGUGUGUGACGACCCAUUCCUGAACCCAGAGCUGAUGAGGGCCAACCCCUGGGUGGAGAAAGGCAAAUGUGUGAUCCUCUAACGGACACACACA